AUGGAAUUUGUGACUGCUCUUGUCUUCAUAUUCAUAGCAUGUGCUUGUGGAAUAGCCUGGGCCAUCUUUAAUUGGUUGGCAGUCCACAAAAUUGAAAUCCAUCACAAGCAUGAAGGAUUGAACGAGAAGCUCUAAGGAGAUUAAUAGGAGAAGAUAGAAACUCUCUUAGAAAUUGGAGAGCAUAUCACAGAUGGAGCCAAAGCCUUUCUAAAAGAAGAGUACACAGAUUGCAGUGUGUUUAUCGCCAUUAUGGCAGUAGCAUUAAUAUUUGUGUCUCCCUGGUCAACCUUGGCAUUUGUAUUAGGUGCUGCAACUUCAAUGCUCUGUGGAUAUUUAGGAAUGUCAAUUGCCACUGCUGCAAAUUACAGAACUGCAUUUUGUGCAAUCACAUCACUAUCAGAUGCCUUUCAAAUGGCCUACAGAGGAGGUUGUGUUAUGGGAUUCCUUUUGGUUUCCAUUUCCUUGUCGAUUCUAUCAUUAAUUAUAAUCAUCUACAAUAGUGUUUUGGUGAAGGAUAACAAUCAAGAAGAUCUGAUAAGCAUGUUCGAUUACGUGGCUGCUUAUGGUUUAGGUGGUUCUACCUUCGCUUUAUUCGGUAGAGUGGGAGGUGGUAUUUAUACAAAGGCUGCUGAUGUUGGAGCUGAUUUGGUCGGUAAAGUCGAAAAAAACCUCCCUGAAGACAGUCCUAAGAAUCCGGCUACUAUUGCAGAUAACGUAGGUGACAAUGUUGGAGACAUUGCAGGAAUGGGAGCUGAUCUAUUUGGGUCAUUUGCAGAAUCAACUUGUGCUGCUUUAGUAGUCUCAUCUACUCAAUUAAGGGUUAUUACUGAAUAAGGUCCCAUUAUUCACAUUGGUUAAUUGAUGUACCCAUUAGUGGUAUCUGCAUUCGGCAUUAUUAUUUGUAUUGCUGUCUCUGGAUAUGCGGUAUUUAUAUAGAAAGUUACACACAUAAAUAAAAUUGAAUCAUCUCUUAAAUUACAGUUAUUGUUAUCAACCGUGGCGUUCUUAUUGGUGUUUACCUUCAGAUUUUAAAUCGGAUCUCUUAAACCAUGGCAUGCGUUAGUCUGUUCAUUAAUGGGAUUAUGGUCUGGAUUACUCAUUGGAUAUUUCACUGAAUACAUGACAUCGCAUUCAUAUACUCCAGUUAGAGAAGUAGCCAAGGCUUGCGGCACAGGAGCAGCAACAAAUAUCAUAUAUGGAUUGGCUUUGGGAUACUUAUCUACAAUUGUUCCUAUUGUUGCAAUAGCCUUAACAGCCUUAUUGUCAAUGAAAUUGUUGUCCUUUUAUGGAGUUGCUUUGGCUGCUCUAGGUAUGUUGUCCAAUCUCACAAUUGGUUUGGCAAUUGAUGCCUAUGGACCCAUUUCAGAUAAUGCUGGAGGUAUUGCUGAAAUGAGUGAAUUGGGAGAGGAAGUCAGAACAUCAACAGAUGCUUUGGAUGCAGCUGGAAACACUACUGCAGCCAUAGGCAAAGGAUUCGCUAUUGGAUCUGCAGCCCUUGUUUCUCUAUCCCUUUAUGGAGGUUACUUAACUAGAAUUUAAACGUACAACAAGAACGGAAUUGACGAUCCAAUCAUAUUUGCAAUGUUAUUGAUUGGAGCAAUGUUGCCAUAUGCCUUUUCUGCCUUCACCAUGAAAUCAGUUGGCAAAGCUGCUCUUUAAAUGGUUGAGGAAGUUCGAAGAUAAUUGCAUGAGCAUCCUGGUAUCUAUGCAGGAACAGAGGAACCAGAUUUCAGAGCAUGCAUUGCAAUAUCAACAAAGGCCUCGUUAAAGGAAAUGAUACCCCCUGGAUUGCUGGUGAUUGUGACUCCCACUGCUGUUGGAUUGUUAUUUGGACCACAAGCUGUUGCUGGUCUUUUACCAGGAGCUCUGAUUAGUGGUGUGUAGAUGGCUAUAUCUGCUUCGAACACAGGGGGAGCUUGGGAUAAUGCUAAAAAGUACAUUGAGGCUGGGUUCUAUAAAAACGAUUUAGGAGAAGUCAAGAAGAAAGGAUCUGACGAACACAAGGCUGCAGUUAUCGGUGAUACUGUUGGCGAUCCUUUGAAAGACACAUCAGGGCCUUCUUUAAAUAUUCUUAUUAAACUUAUGGCUAUCUUGUCAUUGGUUUUGGCUGAAACAUUUUGUAAGACUGGCUGGUUAUAUAAAGAUUGAUGUUAUUAAAUUGUAGCUUUUUCAAUUGGAUUUCAUAAUAAAA